ACUAUAAAGACACCUCAUUAGACAAAAUGCCUUCUAAUCUGAAAGCAAUCAUCUUUAAGUGCUAAUCAAUUGAAUCACUCGCUGCCUCCUUAACUGUUUGCCAUUAGUACUUUAUCAAAGGCUCACUUAAGAUAAGAUUCUUGCAGCUAAUGGCAUGUGACGGUGACAGAUUUGUGUUCAAUAGUCUGUAUAUCCUACUUUCAUGUUAGGAUGAAAAAUUCAUUUACAAUUUAAGGAUUUUCCCCCCCCCACUAUUCAAAGAAAUCUCAACAUAAACACGUUUAUCUUCCUGCAACUAUAAUUUAUUUUAGCCAUUCAUAAAUAAAAAUAGCCCAGAUGAAGAAAUUAAUUGAAAAUAAACAGCAAUUAGGGCUAAAACAAUAGGCCGCAUCUGUAAAUCUUUGCCGUUGUUCUUCAUAGACGGAUUCUUCUCCUGACAGAUUGCCUUCAAUGAGCCUGUUUUUGCUGGAGAUGUGUGCUUCUUAUUUUCGGAAAAUUAGCUGUAAACACAGGAAAAAGGGUCUGCAAUAUAAAAAAUAAAAUAAAUAAAUAUCGGACUGCAUUAUAGGCUGAGGAGGAAAGAGGGACGAUCCAAGGAAAGAUGUAAUCAGACAAACAGAACGAAACCACAUCAGGUACAAAAAUCAGGACCCCUCCCUCACGCUUUCUGUGGGGGAAAAAAAACAACUCCCUGAUAAUGUGCAAACUUUCAUGUGGUAGUAAAUAUUCCCCACUUUGAGGGGUUUGAAGUGGUUAACAGGAGGUAUUGCUGAUUGGCCUCUCUUAGUCAAAGAAAAGCCAUCUGAUAACAAGAGGUCAAACUGUGUUCCCUUCAAAUCAAUUUAUUUCAAGACUUGAUCCCCAUCCCUCCCCUCCACUAUGAGAGAUGGGGAUCCGUUACUGCUUGUAAAGGAUAAGGACAUAAACGCAUCUUCAAGCUUUUUUUUUUCUAAGAAUGAGGCCUUUUUUUAAAAAUGCAAACUGGAAUUAUAAAGGGGAUCUUAAUCAACUCCAGUUACGAUUUACUGUCCGUCUUCCCAUAUUCAGUGGAUUGUUGAGUAGAAUAAACUGAUUCUAGCACCUUCAGGGGCUUCUAUUUCAGGGUGAUGGCUUUAGCACUUUAGAGUAAACUGUGUGCAAUCUCUCCAGGUAGGAAAAUGUCCCCAUGGGCUUGUUGUUGCUGCUGUCUGCCUUCUAUUUGCAUGAUAUUUUUUCUAUUCAGUCUUAUCAUCGGUGUGCUGUGAGGUGGGAGUGCCAGCUCCGUCUCAGAGGUUGGACCCUGGCUUUAUCGGCAGAGUUUGUACCAACAUGUCUAAGCCAAUGGAUCACGUCAAACGUCCGAUGAAUGCUUUCAUGGUCUGGUCCAGAGCCCAGCGCAGAAAAAUGGCUCAGGAGAACCCGAAAAUGCACAACUCCGAGAUCAGCAAGAGGCUGGGAGCCGAAUGGAAACUUCUCUCCGAGUCUGAGAAAAGGCCCUUCAUCGACGAAGCCAAGCGGCUGCGAGCGAUGCACAUGAAGGAGCACCCAGACUAUAAAUACAGACCGAGGCGGAAGCCUAAGACUUUGAUGAAAAAAGACAAGUUUUCCUUCCCGGUGCCGUACAACCUGGGGGAGCACGACGCGCUCAAAGUUAACGGACUUGCCACUGGAGCGCUUUCCGAGUCUGUCAUUGGGAAUCCCGACAAGGCGGCAGCUGCAGCGGCGGCCGCGGCGGCUAGAGUUUUCUUCAACCCCUCUAUGUCUGCGAACCCAUAUUCUUUUUUCGACCUGGGAUCCAAGAUGACGGAGCUUUCCCCGCCUUCUUUUCCGUACGCGUCUCCGCUGGGUUACGGGCCGGGAGGUGGGUUCACCGGGACUGGCGGUGUUGGUGGCGGGACGCACACUCACUCCCACCCGUCUCCGGGAAACCCGGGCUACAUGAUCCCGUGUAACUGUACGGCCUGGCCCUCGGCGGGACUCCAGCCCCCAUUAGCAUACAUCCUCCUCCCAGGGAUGGGGAAACCUCAACUUGAACCGUACCCCGCCUACGCUGCGGCGUUAUGAUGCCCCUCCAGAGUGAGCCGACAGAACAACUCAUGCAAGAGUUUUAUAAUGCAUGCACAAACUUGUUCAUGUGAUGAAGUACUCGUCGUCUCAGAUAUCACAUGUGUAUGUACAUUUCCUAAUGCCUUUAUCUAAGGUAAUUGUAAUUUAGAAGACUUUCUGAUCUAUUAUUGCUCAGCAUCAUCACCUCCUGCAAUCCCAGGAAAAGUCGACGCUUUUAGGGUUUGGGGAUCGGAGCAAUUUGCUUAUAAAAACUCUCAUUUCUAUCUGUUGCACCUGCUUGACUGACCUGUCGGAAUCAAAGACACAACGAGCCAUUCCGGAGAUGACAACCGUUCUCCAUUUUUACGCAAGGCGCAAGGAUCAAGAACUGUUACGACUUUGUAAAUGUGUACAGGAUGAUAAAUUGACCUUAGUUUAUUUGCUGUUGACGGCCUAGUAUUUGAUCUAGGGCCGACAUUUCCCUAGAAAUCCGGUGUAUAUUUUGAGUUUUUAAACCGUUUUUUAGAUGUCUGUAAUAUUUAUUGUUUAGUGAAUCUAUGGUGACCCAGGAAAUUAAAAAAAACGACGAUACAUUUGCACAUGAGUAUGUAAUUUAUUUUGAAAAGGUGUUAUUCCGUUCGGGUUUGUGCCACCACGCGCUUUUUUCUAAAAAAAGAAAAGAAAAAGUUUAAGCAAAAAAAAAGAUUAAUUAAGUGGGUUUAUAAUUUCUAUAUCUCUCUCGUAUCAUGUGCAGCAGGAAGAAAAAAACAAAAACAUUUUUUACUAACCCCUUAUGGAAUUUGUAUGUUUUUUUGUGUUUUUCCUUUAACCUCCAUUAUGUACUUCAAGCUACUGUUCACUUGUUGAGCAAAAGAAAAAAAAAAGGACUACAAUAAAGCCUAUUCGGAUUAAACAGAA